UUUCUUCUCCGGCUCUUGCAGGUUCCGGGAGCGGAGGCUCGUUGGGACCGGAAGUGGAGGCGGUUGGUGGGGUUGAUGGAGAGGGACGCGGCAUCGACGGCCGUUUGUUAGCUAGCUAGAGGCUCUGGUGUAGUGACCCGCAUCCCACUGUCUGGCACGGUCGCGACUGGGCUAGGCUGGGCGGUGCGCGGCGGUAGUGGAACGAACGCCGUACGCGCGGGGCGCCGGCAUCUGGGCCCAUGGCCUCCUGCGCGAGCAUCGACAUCGAGGACGCCACGCAGCACCUGCGGGAUAUUCUCAAGCUGGACCGACCCGCAGCGGGCCCCAGUGCAGACAACCAGAGGCCAUCCAGUGCCUACAAUGGGGAUCUCAAUGGGCUACUGGUCCCAGACCCCCUCAGCUCAGGUGAUGGUACAUCAACAAGCAAGUCUGGUCUGCGUACCAUGCCACCCAUUAACCUGCAGGAGAAGCAGGUCAUCUGCCUCUCUGGAGAUGACAGCUCCACCUGUAUCGGGAUUUUGGCCAAGGAAGUGGAGAUUGUGGCCAGCAGUGACUCUAGCAUUUCAAGCAAGGCACGGGGAAGCAACAAGGUGAAAAUCCAGCCUGUUGCCAAGUAUGACUGGGAGCAGAAGUACUACUAUGGGAACUUGAUUGCUGUGUCUAACUCCUUCUUGGCCUAUGCCAUUCGGGCUGCCAACAAUGGUUCGGCAAUGGUGCGAGUGAUCAGUGUCAGUACUUCGGAGCGAACUCUACUCAAGGGCUUCACAGGCAGUGUGGCUGAUUUGGCUUUUGCACACCUCAACUCUCCACAACUCGCCUGCUUAGAUGAGGCAGGCAACCUGUUUGUGUGGCGCUUGGCUCUGGUUAAUGGCAAAAUUCAAGAAGAGAUCUUAGUGCAUAUCCGGCAGCCAGAGGGCACACCACUAAACCACUUCCGAAGGAUCAUCUGGUGCCCUUUCAUCCCUGAGGAGAGUGAGGACUGCUGUGAGGAGAGCAGUCCAACGGUGGCCCUGCUUCAUGAAGACCGGGCUGAGGUGUGGGACCUGGAGAUGCUCCGCUCCAGCCAUAGUACUUGGCCUGUGGAUGUCAGCCAAAUCAAACAGGGCUUCAUUGUGGUAAAAGGCCAUAGCACGUGCCUAAGUGAAGGAGCCCUCUCCCCUGAUGGGACUGUCCUGGCUACUGCAAGCCAUGAUGGUUAUGUCAAGUUCUGGCAGAUCUACAUUGAGGGGCAGGAUGAGCCAAGGUGUCUGCACGAGUGGAAGCCUCAUGAUGGGCGGCCCCUCUCCUGCCUUCUGUUCUGUGACAACCAUAAGAAACAGGACCCUGAGGUCCCUUUCUGGAGGUUCCUCAUUACUGGUGCUGACCAGAAUCGAGAAUUGAAGAUGUGGUGCACAGUGUCCUGGACCUGUCUGCAAACCAUUCGCUUCUCUCCAGAUAUCUUCAGUUCAGUGAGUGUGCCUCCCAGCCUCAAGGUUUGCUUAGACCUCUCAGCAGAAUACCUGAUUCUCAGCGAUGUACAACGGAAGGUCCUCUAUGUCAUGGAGCUGCUGCAGAACCAGGAGGAGGGCCGUGCCUGCUUCAGCUCCAUCUCAGAAUUUCUGCUCACCCAUCCUGUGCUGAGCUUUGGCAUCCAGGUUGUGAGUCGCUGUCGGCUGCGGCACACUGAGGUGCUGCCUGCUGAGGAGGAGAAUGACAGCCUGGGGGCUGAGAGUUCCCAUGGAACAGGUGCUUUGGAGUCUGCAGCUGGUGUGCUUAUCAAACUCUUUUGUGUACAUACUAAGGCACUACAAGAUGUGCAGAUCCGCUUUCAGCCACAACUGAACCCUGAUGUGGUGGCCCCACUCCCUGCCCACACUUCCCAUGAGGACUUUGCCUUUGGAGAGUCUCGACCUGAACUGGGCUCUGAGAGCCUUGGAUCAGCUGCUCACGGCUCCCAGCCUGACCUCCGACGCAUUGUGGAGCUGCCUGCACCCGCCGACUUCCUCAGCCUGAGCAGUGAGACCAAGCCUAAGUUGAUGACACCUGAUGCCUUUAUGACACCCACUGCCUCCUUGCAGCAGAUCACUGCAUCCCCUAGUGGUAGCAGCAGUAGCAGCAGCAGCAGCAGUAGCAGUAGCAGCAGCAGCUCUCUAACAGCUGUGUCUGCCAUGAGCAGCACCUCAGCUGUGGAUCCCUCCUUGCCCAGGCCACCUGAAGAGCUGACCUUGAGCCCCAAGCUGCAGCUAGAUGGCAGUAUGACAAUGAGCAGCAACAGCAGCCUGCAGGCAAGCCCUCGUAGCCUUCUUCCCGGCCUGCUCCCAGGCCCAGCUGACAAAUUGACUCCCAAGGGCCCUGGACAGGUAUCUACUGCUGCCUCUACACUGCCCCUGGAGCUGCAGGAAGUAGAGCCCCUAGGGCUACCCCAGGCCUCCCCCAGUCGCACCCGCUCCCCUGAUGUUAUCUCCUCGGCUUCCACUGCCCUGUCCCAGGACAUCCCUGAGAUUGCAUCUGAAGCCCUCUCCCGUGGCUUUGGCUCCUCUGCUCCAGAGGGCCUUGAGGCAGAUAGUAUGGCCUCAGCUGCCUCGGCACUACACCUGCUGUCCCCACGGCCCCGACCAGGGCCUGAGCUUGGCCCCCAGCUUGGCAUAGAUGGAGGCCCUGGGGAUGGGGAUCGACAUAGCACCCCGUCCCUGCUAGAGGCAGCCUUGACCCAGGAGGCUGCACCUCCAGACAGUCAGGUCUGGCCUACAGCACCAGACAUUACUCGUGAGACCUGUAGCACUCUGGCAGAGAGUCCCAGGAAUGGCCUCCAAGAGAAGCAUAAAAGCUUAGCCUUCCACCGACCACAUUACCACCUGCUUCAGCAACAUGACAGCCAGGACACCAGUGCUGAGCAAAGUGACCACGAUGAUGAAGUGGCCAGCCUUGCCUCUGCCUCAGGAGGCUUUGGCACCAAAAUUCCUACUGCACGGCUCUCUGCCAAGGAUUGGAAAACCAAGGCAUCCCCUCGGACCUCACCUAAGCUAAAGAGGAAAAACAAGAAGGAUAAUGGGGAUUCAGCUGUGGGAUCCCGGCUCACUGAACACCAGAUGGCAGAGCCCCCUGAGGACUGGCCGGCACUAAUUUGGCAGCAGCAGAGAGAGCUGGCAGAACUGCGGCACAGCCAAGAAGAGCUGCUACAGCGACUGUGUGCCCAACUUGAAGGUCUGCAGAGCACUGUCACGGGCCAUUUAGAACGUGCCCUCGAGACCCGGCAUGAACAGGAACAGCGGCGACUAGAGCGGGCACUGGCUGAGGGGCAGCAUCGGGGUGGGCAACUGCAGGAGCAGCUGACGCAGCAGCUGUCUCAGGCACUGUCUUCAGCUGUGGCUGGACGACUGGAGCGCAGCAUACGGGAUGAGAUCAAGAAGACGGUUCCUCCAUGUGUCUCCAGGAGUCUGGAGCCUGUUGCAGGUCAGCUGAGCAACUCGGUUGCUACCAAGCUUACAGCUGUGGAGGGCAGUAUGAAAGAGAAUAUCUCCAAACUACUCAAGUCCAAGAACUUGACAGAUGCCAUUGCCCGAGCUGCUGCAGACACAUUACAGGGGCCGAUGCAGGCUGCCUACCGAGAAGCCUUUCAGAGUGUGGUGUUGCCAGCCUUCGAAAAGAGCUGUCAGGCCAUGUUCCAGCAGAUCAAUGAUAGCUUUCGACUGGGCACACAGGAAUACUUGCAGCAGCUAGAGAGCCACAUGAAGAGUCGGAAGGCACGGGAACAGGAGGCCAGGGAGCCUGUGCUAGCUCAGCUUCGGGGCCUGGUCAGCACACUGCAGAGUGCCACUGAGCAGAUGGUGGCCACUGUGUCCAGCAGUGUUCGUGCUGAGGUGCAGCACCAGCUCCAUUUGGCUGUGGGCAGCCUGCAGGAAUCAAUUUUAGCACAAGUACAACGUAUCGUUAAGGGUGAGGUAAGCGUGGCACUCAAGGAACAACAGGCCACUGUCACCUCCAGCAUCAUGCAGGCCAUGCGUUCAGCUGCCGGCACACCUGUCCCCUCUGCCCACCUUGACUGCCAGGCCCAACAAGCCCAUAUCCUGCAGUUGUUGCAGCAGGGCCACCUCAAUCAGGCCUUCCAGCAGGCACUGACAGCUGCUGACCUGAACCUGGUGCUGUAUGUGUGUGAAACUGUGGACCCAGCCCAGGUUUUUGGGCAGCCACCCUGCCCGCUCUCCCAGCCUGUUCUCCUUUCCCUCAUCCAGCAGCUGGCAUCUGACCUAGGCACUAGAACUGACCUCAAGCUCAGCUACCUGGAAGAGGCUGUGAUGCACCUGGACCACAGUGACCCCAUCACUCGAGACCACAUGGGCUCUGUCAUGGCUCAGGUGCGCCAGAAGCUCUUCCAGUUCCUGCAGGCUGAACCACACAACUCACUUGGCAAAGCAGCCCGGCGUCUCAGCCUAAUGCUGCACGGCCUUGUGACCCCCAGUCUCCCUUAGCAGCUAAGCCUGCCUUAUGCAGGGGUGGAGUGGCACUGAGGGCUAGCAGACAGGACUAUGCCAAGGCUGGAUCAUGUCUGCAAUUUACCUGCUCAGGCCUCCAUCUCGGGUGUUUGGGGGUGGGGGGCAGGGUGUACUGGCCAUGGUCUACAGAUCAUGGUAGCCAGCAGGGUUAGGUUGGGCCCAGAGGCAGGUAUUGUGCUUUUUUGGGUUCUACCAUGCCUGAAGCAUGACUCUUAAGAUCGUGACACUCCUUGAGUUGAAUUUUCCAUGUUUCUUUUUACCUCCGACUUGGAUCUUUUUGUUUUUGAAAAACACUGAGAAAUUCAAUUAAAUGCUUUUGGAAUAAAAUGGAAUAUGUGUGUGGUUUU